UUUUUUUCCCCCCUUCGCCAGUCUGCAGUGUUCUGCAUCACAUGACUGAGCGGAUUUCCUGAAAGUCAGUCCUCAUUAGGUUAUCAAUAUUAAUGCUGGGAGGGGUGACGGCAAGACACAGCUCUUAAACCCACACCCACGAAAGAAAGCAGCAGAGACCCUGCGAACAAGAGCCACCACAAAGCCACAAUGUCUGAUAAACCAGAUCUCGCAGAAAUUGAGAGCUUCGACAAGUCCAAACUGAAGAAGACAGAGACCAAAGAACGGAAUCCGUUGCCAACAAAAGAAAUUAUUGAGCAAGAAAAGAAGGCUGAUACUACUCCCUGAAGAGGAGCGGGACAUGCUUACGUUUUGAAGAUGAUUUUUUUUAUUAUUUCACCAUUUUUUAUAUAUUUGAUGAAGUUAUUCUUUAUGUUAGGAGAAAUUGUUUUAUUUUCUGAAAUGGAAAAGAAGAAAACAGUAAGAUGGUUGAGGCAUCAAAACUGGAAGACGUCAUGAAAACCAAAAGAGCAAAGCUGUGAAAGUCGUAUUGUUUAACCACAAAAAGUAUUCAGAUAUAUCCCACCCCCCACCCCCCUCUGCUUUCUCAUUUUGCGCAUGUAUUAACAAAAAAAAGCAUUUUCUCCUAAAGUUAUAAUAUGCUUAUCCAUGGUAAUGUAACGCCUGAAUCACAAUUGUCAGUUUUCAUUUUGCCCUGUGCCAAGUCUUUUACACAACACCACGGCCUGAAAGUUACAGUAUUUCGCAAUGGUAGACAUCUGUACUGCACAACCCAUGACUUUGUUUGUUUUCUUUUAUAGUAUUUCUGCUAAAUAAUGCACAUUAAAUGACAAACUCAGCCAAAUUA